AUGCUGCUGGCCUCGGCCGUGGUGGUGUGGGAAUGGCUGAACGAGCACGGGCGCUGGCGGCCCUACAGCCCGGCCGUCAGCCACCACAUCGAGGCGGUGGCCCGCGCCGGGCCGCGGGCGGGCGGCAGCGUGGUGCUGGGCCAGGCCGACAGCCGCCUGGCGCCCUACAUCAUCGACCUGCAGUCCAUGCACCAGUUCCGCCAGGACACCGGCACCAUCCGUCCCGUCCGGCGCAGCUACUAUGACCCAUCCUCGGCACCGGGCAAGGGAGUCGUCUGGGAGUGGGAGAAUGACAGCGGGACGUGGACGCCCUACGACAUGGAUGUGGGCAUCACCAUCCAGCGCGCCUACGAGAAGCAGCACCCCUGGGUGGACCUGAGCGCCAUCGGCUUCUGCUACGUCAUUGACUUCGCCACCAUGGGCCAGAUCAACCGGCAGACCCAGCGCAAACGGCGCGUCCGCCGCCGCCUCGACAUGGUCUACCCGCUGGUGUCGGGCACCCUGCCCAAGUCGCAGUCGUGGCCAGCCAGCCCCGGGGCAGCGGCGGCCCCGCCGGUGCCCGCCUGCACCUGUCCCCAGUGCCUGCUGGUCAUGAGCGUCAAAGCGGCCGCUGGCCCCGGCACCUCCACCCUGCAGCCCCGCAAAGCCGCCCCUGCGCCGCCGGCCGCCCCCAAGCCCCCGCUGCCCGCGGCGGGGCCGAAGGCACCGGACGGCGUGGCUGUGGCACGCGGCUCGCUGAAGCCGCUGGCGGCGCAGGGGGGCCGGAGGCAGGCGGCCAGCACGCCUGCCCUGAGCUCAGCCGGUGCUUCCAGCAGCCCCCCCGGCGUGGGCAGCAGCAAAGGCUCCCGGCCCAGCCUCGGCACCCUGAACCGCAGCCACCUGCAGCGCCUGGCCAUCGCCCAGUCCCGCGUGCUCAUCGCCUCCGGGGUCCCCACCGUCCCUGUGAAGAACCUCACUGGCUCCAGCCCCGUCAACCCAGCCCUGGCAGGGAUCACGGGGAUCCUCAUGAGCGCGGCCGGGCUGCCCGUGUGCCUGACCCGCGCCCCCAAACCCAUCCUGCACCCCCCGCCCGUCAGCAAGAGCGAGAUCCAGUCCAUCCCCGGCAUCUCCCACUCCUGCCGCAAGACCACCAAGAAACAGGCCAAGAAGGGAGACGGUAAAACCCCGGAGGAGGUGCUGAAGAAAUACCUGCAGAAGGUGCGGCAUCCGCCGGAUGAGGACUGCACCAUCUGCAUGGAGCGGCUCUCUGCCCCCUCUGGCUACAAAGGGCCCCAGCCAGCCGUCAAACCUGACCUCGUGGGGAAGCUGGUCAAGUGCAGCCACGUCUUCCACCUCCACUGCCUGGUGGCCAUGUACAACAACGGCAACAAGGAUGGGAGUCUGCAGUGUCCCACCUGCAAAACCAUCUAUGGGGUGAAGACAGGGACACAGCCUCCUGGGAAGAUGGAAUAUCACAUCAUCCCCCACGCACUGCCCGGCCACGCCGACUGCAAAACCAUCCGCAUCAUCUACAACAUCCCCCCGGGGGUGCAGGGACCAGAGCAUCCAAACCCUGGGAAGAGCUUCACGGCCCGUGGCUUCCCCCGGCACUGCUACCUGCCAGACAGCGAGAAGGGCAGGAAGGUACUGAAGUUGUUGCUGGUGGCCUGGGACCGGCGCCUGAUCUUUGCCAUUGGAACCUCCAGCACCACGGGCGAGUCGGACACGGUGAUCUGGAAUGAGAUCCACCACAAGACAGAGUUUGGCUCCAACCUCACUGGCCAUGGCUACCCUGACAUCAACUACCUGGACAAUGUCCUGGCUGAGCUGGCAGCCCAGGGCAUCACGGAGGAGAGCCUGGCACAGGAGAAGGACUGAGACCGUGGCGAGGAGGCAAGGAAAGGCUUGCCUGUGCCGGCACCCACCAGGAUAAAAAAGCUGCUGGAGAUACCUGCCUGGGGGCUUCUCAGGGCACACCUGGAGCCCCCUGCUCCCAGUGACAGCCAUGCGGUGCCCCAGGCUGGCUGGGAAUGUGGGAGAAGGUCCUUUUGGCCGUCCACUUCACUCCUGCAGGGCGGGAACAUCCCCCCACACACAGCUGUGGGGCUUCAGGCUGGCUUGGCCACCCCUCUGGGUGGUGUCCUGUCCUUGCUGCCACUGUGCUGAGGGCCUGGGGGGUGCCAGGCUCCCCUCUCUCCUCGUCUGUGCCAAUCCCAGCCUGACUCAACAGCCUUGCCACUCACCUGGGGCUGGGACCUGGCUUGAAGUGAGAGCUGCGGCCACAGGAGUCGCCCUUGCUCUGCCUCGUCCCUCUGACGUUUGUUUGU